AUGGCCCUCGAGGAGAGCUGCGCGGAUUUGUUCGUUAAGAAUAUCCCCGAGCGGGCGGCCGCGUUCAUUAUUGACAUAGUCGAAUACACAGCCCUCGUCCUGUCGCUCGAAAUACGAAGUGACCCCAAAGGUAGACCGUUCGCGACGUUCAAGGGCCUGAUAGCCCCGGCAGUAAGCCUCCCGCGCGAGGUUCCGCUGGUGCUAGAGAUAUUGACCGGCGGCGGAGGAGCUCUCGCCACAGAGAAGGCCCAACUCCUCGCAGAGCCCAGAGUCGGUCUAUCGAGACAGAGGGUAGGCGUUGCGAGGAAGGGAUAG